AUAGUGACUUGAACUUCAUUGUAAAGUUUAUCUUGAACACGUACAGUUGCCAUCACGUAAAGUUUAACUUAACUUGAAACUACUGAUGAAGUUACGGCUGUUCAACUCAUUGAUCAACUCUUCUGUUCUUGUUAUGUUUUCUAAUUGUCCCAACUAAUGUACUUAUUCAUGCUAAUCUUACUGUUUUCAUUUUGUGCCAUCUCAUGUCGUGCAGUAGGAGCACAGUAUCGGACCGCAACUGCCUGUGAAAAUAGUGUAUUGGAAAUUGUUUGUGAAAAAGAUACUCACAUCAACCUGAUUCGAGCCAAUUUUGGACGUUUCUCUAUUCAAACAUGUAACGAACAUGGAAGUCACGAGAUGAAGGUUGACUGUGUGUCACCGAUCAGCUUCAGAGUAAUGGAAGAAAGCUGUGGCAUGAAACAAAGUUGCGUUAUUCCUGCAAAUAGUGGCCAUUUCGGUGACCCAUGCCCUGAAACUCCAAAAUAUCUUGAAGCCCAUUACCAAUGUUUACCAGACAAUCAAAAGAAACGCUAUCGAUGGCAGUCAACAACCUCAAGAAGCAAAUUACCUGGUAAACCAUUAUCAUCACCAUCAACAUCUUUACCAAGUUCAUCUUCCUUUUCAUCAACAACAACCUCAACGUUGCCUUCAGUCACUCAGACAUCAGGAUUAUCAUUUGCAUCCCUUAAACCUGAAGUUAACCAUGUUCAUCCCAAUACUUCAAAAGAUGAAAUUUCAAUGAAAAAUGGGUUGACACACCCAAACUCGGGUUAUUCAGUAGCCGCAGGAACGUCAACACAUAUUAACGCUUCUCGAUUAGAUGAUUAUGAUACAAGUUUAUCAAUAGCCAAAUCAGGGUCCAAUAAAUUGAUUAGUUUAAAAGUAAAUCCAAUUGAAAGAAAUUUCGUUUCAACCAGUUUACCAUCUUCGACACCAAUUAAGCCAACAGUGUUUCCAUCGACACCUUCAUCGACAAUAGGUUAUAACAAAUUAUCAUCACCAAUCACACCAAACCUUGAAACAUCAUCACCAACAAUAGCACCAAUCAAAGCAUCAUCAUCACUCUCGGAACGUGCAUCAACUACAAGUGUUAAAGUAGCAGCAAAUGAUUUUGAUGAUCGACCCAUUUACAUACGACAUCCUCAUCCAGGAUCACCUUCAGAAUCUGAAUCUGAAAUAGUUUCAGACACUUCAAGUGAUUACUCUGUAGCCAGGAGUAAAAGUGAUUUACCAUCGCCUUAUCCAUCUCACCGUAAAAGUACCACAGGUUCAAGUGAAUCUGAUUAUAUAAAUAUCUAUGAAUCUCUUCCGUCCUCUUCAUCUUCCUCAUUGUCUUCAACAUCAUCCAAUUCGGAUAAUGUUAAAUUAGAUAAAGUUUCACCAACAGAAUAUGGAAGUCCUUCCAUAUUUAUACGACAUCCACAUCCGGGUGUUAAUCGUGAAUCUUCAUCAACAAUGGUUCCACCAUCAACGUCACCCUCAACAGCAUCCAGUUAUGAUGAACAGUGGAUGAAAAGUGAUUCAGGAUCAGAAAUGAUUAAUGAAAAGAGCAAUCAAUUGUCAACCAAUUCAUGGUUAUCAGGCAAUUUAUCUUCCAACAACCUUGUAACGGGCAUUGUCUUUGCCCUUGGUGCCGCUCUAUCAGCACUUGGACUCUUUUUCUACCUCUACAUUCGUGAUAGCAACAUCAAGAAUCGCUUCUUGUCACUGGCCUCUGCCUUGAAUGGUAAAAUAAUUUGCUCUCGAAACAUUGCUCCAAUGGAACCAGGAGCCAGUCUUAAAGACGACGUGUCUUCCCUUCGCAAACGAGGUGGACAUUUAAUCUCAGUUACACCAACAUCCAAGUACAUGGCAUCGGAAAAUGCAGCUCAUUACAUUCGCGAUCCCAUCAUUGGCCCAGGAUCAGGGUCAACAUUGAAUGUGAUCGCUCCAUUAGGAGUAAAAUAUUUACUUCCUUCAACAACCAACUCUAGUUCAUCUGUUAAAGAUUUAACUUAUGGUUGUUCCCAAUUAAUGAACACUUUAACUGUCAACAAUAGUUCGUUAACGGCACCAAGUGCCGCUUCAAAUCAACACCACCAUCAACAGCAACAACAACAGAUUCAACAGCAAAUUCAUCAUCAUAGACUUUCCUCUCCAAAUCAAGGUAUUCUUGGUGUAACCCUUCAUCCAACUCAUCAUAUGCGACCAACAGCCACAGGUUUACCUUUGCCCAUUGGAUUAGUUGUUGAACAUGUUUAUGAGUGUAUCGAUGAUGAUCCUUACACGGCUAAACUGUUUAUGCCGGUUGAUUGUGAGUCAAAUAAAUACCAACGGAGAGACAAUUCAAUUUACAAUGGAGGUGACUUCAUGUUACCAAUCAAUAAUCAUCAUAUUAAUCAUCAUCAACAACAACAGCAACAAUCAACAGAUUUAACAUCAACUUUACAAGCUUUACCAGCAAUAGUUCAAGAAAAUGUUUCAUUGCGAUCUUCAGGACUUGGUGUUUCACUAAAUGCACCUUCAGGCCUUUCUCAAUCAACACCAUCAUCAUCCUCUCAUCCUCACUAUCAACUUAAUUUUGCUUGUUAUCCUUGUCAAUCACAGGUUGUGAAUUAUAUCAACAAAGACCGAAUUGAUCAACAAUUACGUGAAAACCUUUCCCUGGUUAAUCCAAAUGAUCAAAGGAGACCUGAGAUUGUGUGAAAAUAACUUGAACAUAUAAAAGCUUUUAAAUCUUGUUGUUACUGCUGUUGUUAAUUUUUACUUAAUUUAUUGUUAAUUUAUCAAAUUCAAUUGUUCUCAUUUGAAUCAAUCUCUUUUUUUUUGUUAUCAACCAAUUUAAUAUUCAACCAAUGAAUCCAAGCUCAAGUCCAUCAUCAUGAAGUUGCGCUUUCUGCCAAAUCAAGUGAACAAUUUUUAUGUUUACUGCCAACAAUAAUUAAAUUUUUAAUGGUAUAACAAUUAUACCAUUUCUGGGAGUGUUAAACAAGAAAAAUCAAAUGAUUGUAAGAAUUGAAUUGAUUGUAUUAUUAUUGUAACUUUAAUUUAUAUGGAAACAAAAGUUAUCUGUAAAUAACAUUAAAUAUCAAAGUGUGUAGCUCUAUGUGCCAGCUAGUUCAUCAUCAUCAUCAUCAUCAUCUUUCUUUGUUGGUUGAAAAUUUAAUGUCCAAAUGGAUGAGUAAAUAGUCAAUCGAUGUUACAUGGAAAUCACAAUUGAAAAGCUCAACCUGAUGAUCAUUUCUUUCUCUUCUCUUUUGCUCACCUUGAUAAUGCUACACACUCAGAUAGACCCAGUAUUACCUGUGAUAUUUUCAUCCUUCUCAUCAAAUUGAUACUAAUCAUGAGCCACUGUUUUGUAUCAACAACAAUGAAUUAUAUUAACAUUGUCAUUCCCAACACUUCUUUUGUAAUAUUAUAAUUAUUACUUAAUAACAAUCAUUGAUAUUGUCA